AAGUGAGCUGAAUGAGCACUGAAUGCGAGAGCGCAGCUCAUGGCAUUAUCGUUUCUGCUUCCGGCCUCUUCUACAGCCGUUACUUCGUCGAAGCUCCGAAUAUCUAACCCAAGAAAAUCAAACACUUCGAGAACUCAUCAAUGGCGCACUUCGAUUAUUGUCUGCUCGACGAGAACGGACGAAGCUACUCUGGCCAAAAACGAUCUUCUUGAGCUGAUUUCAGACGAGGAGAGAGGGGUUAAAACCCACGGAGACCCUUCGAAACAAUCGAAGAUCAUAAAAGCGAUAGAUGCCAUGGAAGUUCUCGGGAAAGGUUCGGUUACUACUGCUCCUUCUCUGUCGGCUACAUGGAGGAUGCUCUGGACUACUGAAAAAGAGCAGCUUUUCAUAAUAAAGAAUGCCCACAUCUUCGGGACUCAAACAGGGGAUGUUUUACAGGUUAUAGAUGUCGAAAGAGGUAUUCUAAAUAAUGUAAUUACGUUCCCUCCAUCCGGUGUUUUCUUUGUUCGAUCAAACAUCGAAGUUGCUUCACCUCAGAGAGUGAAUUUCAGAUUCACAAGUGCAGUUCUACGCGGGAAGGACUGGGAGUUUCCUCUGCCACCGUUUGGACAGGGGUGGUUUGAAUCCAUCUACCUGGAUGAUGAGAUUCGAGUUGCAAAGGAUAUCCGAGGAGAUUAUUUAGUUGUUGAUCGUUCUCCUUAUAGUUGGAGAGAAUAAAAUGCAACCAUCUGAUUCUGUUUUGACAGCUUGACAACUAGGCAUCAGUGCACUUGUCUAUUUACCAUGUGGUGAUUCAACUGUGCAUAUGGUUGGGACUUGGGAUGAGGUUUAGUUGAGCUGAGUAUUCAAUUAUGUAUAUCGAUGCUUCUUUAUCAUUUGAAAUUUCACCAAGUAUUCUAAUAUUUCUACAAUGUUCUCCAAUAUUUCCAUGUUUUCCAGAAUACUGGCAUUAGUUC